AUGGCCCCUUCACCUGCCUCAUCGGCCCACUCUGCCAGCCAAAGAAUUUCACCUUCAUCUCUACCUGGCAGAGAUCACGUCGCCGAUGCCGACUCUUCUCACUCACGCAAGCGACCUCGUCUGAGCGACGAGCCCGACUCUCCAUCCCGCACCAACGGGGAUUCUUCCCAUCGAUCCGAUAAUCAAAGCACAUCGACCACAGGAAGUCCGACUAUCCUAGAAGUCCCUCAAGAACAGUCAACUGAUCUAUCCGAAAUUUCCAUCAUCAUGACUGGCGACGAGUCACCCGCCGGCACACACCUUAGUAGCUUUCCGUUUUUGUGUGAAGGCGAUACUCCUGAGAGUGCCGCUGCCAGGUUCGCAGAGCACUGCCGCGGAAAGACUGCUCUCAAGUUGUCCCAUAUGGACCACUUCUUAACCUGGCUCAAGGGCCAUCUCAGCGACACUGACGAUGAAUUCGAAGCUGCAUUGAAGCAAAAUACCACGUCGUCCGUCAUGUUCGACAUGUAUUCAGAUCACAAGGAUUUCUGGAACCAUGUACUAUCCUGCUUCCAAGGACUGAUCGGCCGCUCCUCUCUCAUCAUCGACAUAUCGUUUCCCUCGAGCAUGGCAUACGCCUUUUUCGUCGGUCUUCUCGAUGUUUUACUAAGACUGGGUGAGAGACUUCUGCACACCGACGUAGCCAUUUUGAAACAGAGCAUCGCUCGCAGGGAUUCGACAAGCUCUCCCACCUCCACCGGCUCUCCAAAGCACUCUUUGCAAUUUCCCCUGUGGCCUCAGACUUACAUGAACAUGGUUCUUCACCCGAAGGAAUUCCUGGAACCAAUGUCGGCAGCCUAUCGCUUCAACGUCACGUCCACCAUGAAGUCGUCCGUUGAGCGCUUCCAGGAAGAUGCUAUGGAUGCUAUCGUCACACUCCUUGGACACAUCACCUCCAGGUCGGAGAACAUCAAGUCGCCUUUCGCUACAGCAUUCCCUUACGUGAAUCUCUGCUUCAGCGUGCUGAUUGCUUAUUCCAACACUACUAACCGCUGGCUUACAACGUAUUACACAAAGCUGACCAAAGUCUUCGAGCACGUCUAUACCAUGACGAUUCAUACUUUACCCAAGCAACAUCUGGACGUGAGCUCACAACGCGUCAUUGAGCUAUUCCAUAAAUACCUCUUGGAAAUGCUACGUGCUCUAUACCACACAAACAAAAUUUCCGCGAGUACUGUGUACAGUAUGAUUUUGGAAGAUGUUGUGACAUAUCGAAUCCCGAAAGAAGAACUGCUUGGCCCACCCAGAGUUACGAUCACCUCUGUCAUCGGCAAUCUUGAGAUCGACGAUCGCCUCACGGCCCACUUGAACAGAGAAGAUCUUCUAGAGGUAGCUCUUACCGCGUGCUCGUUGGAGUUCUACAACGCUCUCACUCGAAGCAGCAGUGUGGACCUGCGCAACCGUGCCGCAGCUGAGAUAGGACAGUUGGCCUGGGAUAUUCACGUGAACACGCGAAAGCUGGAAGCAGGCUACCGUCAACUCUUGGAAGAUUACACAGCCAAAUUCCUUCUCGCAAGAAACGUCACCGGAUAUCUGUUAGGACCUCAAUCGCAUGCUACGCUGAUCGGAAGAAUUCCAGCAAUCGUUGCGUUCAUGGCCGUUACAGGCACGCUCACCACACACGACGCCGAUACGAUCUGGGCUUUGUCUUUCAAUUCUCAACAACCCGAUGAUGCACAAAGCGCCAUGGAAAUGCUCAAGAUUGCUUCACAGUUUAUGCCGUCCUUCACCAAUGAAUACUUCUGCAACAAAUUCAGAGUCCUCCCGCUGUCACGAUUCACCAAGGAUGCAGAACAACUCCUUCAUACUCUUAUGGCCGAGUUUCUCAGAACCUCGACCGAUGGUGAGUAUGAGUCAAUCUACAGCUGUGUAAGCUUGUUGAGCAAGAUCGAAGACCCAGACAUCUCUUCUGCCAAGCAAGAUUCACUUCUGGCUGUCUUUGCAGACCUGCUUAUAAAAAUCCUCUCUCCACGCAGCUCUAAGGAGACGAUCCGCCUGAUCGAGCUCUGUACGGGUCCUAUUGCUUCGAUGUCAAAGGACGCCACCGGCUAUGUGCAGGCAUUGGCUUGUAUCCUCAAACAGAAGAACUUUCAUGUCCAGCCACAUGAAGUCUUUGGGCGCUUGACGUUCCAACAAUGUGUACAAGAACUGAUGGAAGCUUGCGAAAGAGCAAAGAAUGAUACUAAACUGCUUGCUCUCAAUGCAUUGUGGUGCCGUCUAGACCUCAUGACCCAGGUCCUUUCAAUCUCGAGCCCGACCGAUGACACAGCGGAUUCGGAGAAGAUACUCUGGCAGCAUGUCUUGGGCGAAGACGCCUCAACGCCGGUGCUGCGGAAGAUGGGAUGGAAAUUCUUCACACAAUGUUUCCAAGCCAACAAGCCUGGUCUUGAAGCUUUCAACCGUCGACUAAUCAAAAAGUACCUUCCGCAAAUCUCGCCUGGGUCAGCGACUAUCGAGACUGUCAACUUCUUCAGAUCCCAGUACGCACAUUUUGAGUCGGAAGAAACCGUACUUUUGCCUCUUGAUGAGGAAUUGAUCAGAUUCGCGCUUGCAGUACCAUCAGAAGAAUUUGCCAAGGGAUUUGUAGUGCUUCUCAUGGAAAGGCUCUUCAGGGGCAAGGCUAUCAAACAUCCUGACUUGGCCGUAGCCCAUCAGAUAUCGGUCGUCAAAAAACUCAUCCCGAAGAUUGUUCAACAAGAGAUAUCUGGCACCAGAGCCGCGGAGAUCUUGUUACACAUGCUAGUUGAGUCGAACCAGUUCUGUGCCACCGUUGAGCAAUCAGGCAUGUCAAUAUCUGGCCGUAGCUCGCAGACAGAACCCAGACUUGUUCAAAACCAUAUCCAGAUUCCAAUUCGUAUUCACAAAGGCAACAGACAGCCGCAGAAUGGUAUGGUCACAAUCAACGAGUCAGCAAAUUGCUCAGAGCUGGAUGCUGCUAUCGCUUCAGAGACUGGAUUCGCGAGUUACACUGUUGUCUCAGCGGGCCAAAAAAUCAACUUCGCUGAUGAGCCAGGACAGUCGAUCAAACAAUUUGGCCUCGGAGACGGUAAGGUUCUCAUGGUACAAAAACGCAGCACAUUUGCGGGCAUCCAGGAAGAAAUCAAUGAGAGCGCAGAAAGAUCGGUCUUCGAGGAAGAGAUAGUGUCUCAUCUCGACGUUUUAUACGGCACUCUUGAUGAAACAAGCAGAAAAGCACAAUUUGUGCUGCAGAUACUUGAACGGCUCAAGUUCCCUGGUCCUGUCAGAGCCAUGAUUACUGCUCCUGAAACACCUUCCGAACAGAUUUUCCCUCCAGGUCUACCCCUGCGGUUGCGAGCGUCGAUCGAGGUCAUAUUUCUCCAGUUGAAGGAACAGAUUGCGCUCGGCGUCGCUGAUGAGAGGUUCUUGCUCCGAUCAGUUCAUCUACUGGUCGAGCUGCUGUACCGAACCGAUACACUGCAAGAGCCUGCGAACAUCUGUCGCGCAGCAGAGACCCUGCUCGACUUGCUCAAAGAAAGGCCCGUUCACGACGUGGCUGGAGAGUACUUCAAAGACGCUCCCAAGUUCACCCAACAAGUACUCUGUUAUAUCCGACACUUAUCAGACGAAACUGUGUUGGGCGGUCGUGAUAGCUAUCAGCAAUUCACAAUAAGAGCGCUGUAUCAAUGCCUGGUGGAAAGCGUCCUUUUGAGCCAUUCUGUGUGUUCCGCCUUCGUCGCUGCGGAUGCCACUGUACCGAUCCAUCUUCAACUUCUUCUCACCACGAAUGAUCAUCUUCGAGCUACUAUUCCAAGAGUCAUUGCCAACGCUAUCCAAGAUGACAGAGCUUCCCCCGAGAUCAAAGCCUUCUUUUCCCGGCUUUCUUUGGAUCAUUUGAUACAAGCUGGCCUGGAACAGCCAUUGAUUUGCGACAAUACAUUCUUCGUCAGUUCUAUGGCAAUCGCUGCUGAUCAGAGCCUGGCAAGCAACGAAGGGCUUUUGAGGAGCUCAAUCGAUCGGUUCGCCAAGACCCUUCUCGAACUAGAGCACCUAGAACGCUUUGGAGAUUGCUUUAUUGACAAGAGAGUUUCUGGCUUGGUUUCGUUGCUCCUCUGUUACGUUCAGAAACUUGUUGUUCAAAACAAGGCACUGAACCUGGACAAUCUUGCUUCACAGUUGUUCCAAACUCUGCUCUUCCCAGUUCUCAAGCUCGGAAGGAAUUUGAGGCCCGUUCUUGCUGUGGAAACUCGCAACAGCAUCUACGACCUCCUUCUCUUGAUGUGUGACAAUAUCCGAACAGUGGAAGACCUCUGCGAGGAUUGCAAAAAUGUCACUGGUUACUGCCCCAGUGACCAGAGUAUCAGUUUUCCUGGUUCUGAGAGAUUCAUCCGCCAAGAGGGCAACUGUGCAGGCCUCGCCAACAUGGGGCAGACUUGCUACUUCAACUCUCUGCUUCAACAGCUCUAUAUGAACAUGCAGUUUCGGCGAUUCAUAUUUGACACGCCUGUGCUCGACUCGAAGAAGCAGACCGUCCUCACUGAGCUCAAAGUGGCUUUUGCCUCAAUGCAGGACAGUCACGACAUUUUCUAUCAGCCCGAAAAUCUUGUCAAAGCUCUGAACAUUGACAUUAAUGCGCAGGACGACGCACACAUCUUUUUCAUGACCUUGAUCGGACAGCUCGAAGAAAGUAUGCCAGACGAUGAAGCGAAGGAUACCCUGAAAACAUUCUUCCAGGGUGUCAAUAAGUCACAAACCAUCGGCAGCUGCAAGCAUGUUUCCGAGAGCACAGACGAAUACUUCAACUUGUCUCUAGUCGUCAAAGACAAGGCGUCGCUCGAAGAGAGUUUGGAGGAAUACACCAAAGGAGCCAUCCUUGAAGGAAGUGAUAGGUUCAGAUGCACUACUUGUGGCUCUGGCGAGGGUGUUCCUGUCGACGCUGUUCGGAGAACUGCUUUCGAGCAUAUCCCCGACAAUUUUGUCUUGGGCUUGAGACGAUUUCGCUAUGAGACCUAUGACGGAGGUCAGAAGGUCAACGAUCGGUUCGACUUCCCAGAACGCAUCGACAUGAGCAAGUACAAGCUCAACCGCCUUGCGGGCGUUGAGGUCACAAACGAUUCUGAUGUCUUCCAACUCGUGGGUGUGGUCGUCCAUUCGGGAGUUCUGGCAUAUGGCCACUACUGGUCGUACGCUGUCGAGCGUGGACGUAGCGAUGGGGGACCUCUACGUUGGUUUCGAUUUGAAGACAGAAAUGUUAGAAUCUCUAGUAUCGAGGAAGUCCUGUGCGAGACCCGAGGCGGGCUCAAGCUCACUUCGUCAGGAUCCUUUUCACGAGAUCAAACUCCCUAUCUCCGACAGGACAAUGCAUAUGUAUUGUUCUAUCAGCGCGUCUCCUCGGUAUCCGAGUCCGCAAAGUGCCUUGCCCCGAGCACAUCAUUGCUCCCUUAUGUAACACAGGCCAGAGUCAGUCUUCCUCAAGACAUCGAGAUGGAGAUCACCAAGGAAAAUGAGGAGAAGAUCUUGAAUCUUCAUCUAUUCUCCUCGCGUCAUACGGAAUUCGUCCGCGGCCUCACUGCAAGGCUAGAUACGCUCAAAUCGCUUGAUCCCGAUACAAGCAGCAGGGUUACAUUUAAGCUCAUGUCGAUGUCAUUGCGUCACUGUAUCCGCGUCGUGGCAAGCUUUGACAACGAGUUCUCUCCACAUUCUAUUGAUUUCAUGUCACUGCUGCUCCAGAAACUGGCGUGCCGUCGUACGGACUUUGCGAGAUGGAUGCUGGAAGCUCUACUUCCUCGAAGGAACGAAAAAGACAAGCCCAAAAGUAUUGUUAUGCACUCCAAGCGGAAAGUACGCCACGCCACCAAUCGUCUGAUCAUGGCAUGCUUCAGAUACCUUCGUGAGCAUGAUCCGAGAUACAUCGACACAGAAGACGAAGAAAAUUUCAUGGUACCCACAAUUCAGAGCCUGCUCGACCUCCACUGUCUUCUUUUUGACAUGAUACCUGCAGCCUGGUGGGAAUAUUUUGAUCUCAUACGUCAAAUCGCUGAGCUCGGUCCUGAGGAAACUUCGGUGUUGCUUCAAAAGGGUGUUCUAUUGUGGUGUCUCGAAAUUCUUUUUGUCAAGGAAGACACAGUGCUGCAGAAAAAACGUCCUGAGAUUGUGCGGUACAUCGAAAGGAUCUCUGGCGCGCCAAAUUAUGCGUCGAUCAUUAACUGCAUAUACGGGCUGCUCCACAACUUCCUCGAUCUCCGUGGAUUUACUGCACCCAAUGAUGACGAGCGUUGGACAGAUGCAACUAUGUUGUUGCUCACUGAUGAAGAGUACGACUACUUGUGCAGACGUACCAAACUCGGGGUCAACUGUAUCGCAGAGCAAUGCAUGCAAGGGUUUGAAUCCCCAAACAAUAUUCCCUGGCGAGAAUGGCCUCCAAGCAGAUUGGUUGCUCUCCUCACUAAUGCCAACGGAGUUUCUCACGAGCUCUACGACGAUGCUGCUCGGGCGCUCGUGGUUAACAUGAAACACUCUACCAACUGGGAUGCGAUAUCAGAGUCUGUUGCUCUUUGUCUAGUCGAGCGGAAGAUGAAGUCGACUACAGAAGAGGACAUUUUCCAGGAGAUGGAGAGAAUUCUGCGCUCUCCCAAGGCGAAGCGAGAAGACUUGUCGGUGCUAGGAAAUCUGUUUUGGAUCGUGGGCGAAGUUCACAAAAUCAGUCCACUGAUGAUGUUCGGUCAUCUGGCCACGCUGUCUCUCCACUUCUUGCUAUGCGAUGAAUCAGAGGUCGAGAAAGACGCGAGGGACUGGUUGAGAAACCAUGUGUUAGUGCAAACUGCACUCUCCACGCCCUAUACCCAGGGUGGAGUAGUGAGCCUCCAUUCGAGGAUAUGCUCUAUCAAGGAGCUACUCACUGGCCUCGGUGAUCGACUUCACCCAGCUGUCACGCAAGGCGAAGCACCCAGCUUAUAUGAGUACUCUAUCGACGCAUACCAGGACUGCGGCACAUACUUGAGUCAAGUUUCUUCAAGACUUGAGACAGAGCUGGAAGAAUGGUUGAAGAGCGAAGCGCCAGAGACCGAAGUUGCUAUUGAGCUUGAGAGCGCCGUUCAAGAACUGUUCGGCGAGGUCGACUGUAUCGGUACUCUGCUGCGCAACCAUGAGGGGCUACGUGACAUAAUCCGCGACUGGCAAGACGAACGUUCGUCUUCGGACGGACCUCCGAACAGCUAUAUCGUUGAGAUUGAUGAUGACUCAGAUAACGACCCCCUGGUCUCCGAUGAAUCGCUAAGCGAUGCUGCAGACUUCGAGGACGAAAUAUAG